AUGACAUAUGUAGUUCAAACUUGUGUCUUGUCAAAGAGAUGGAAAAAUCUUUGGACUAAUACCCCAAUUCUCAACUUUGAUUAUAACAUGUUUUCACUUGCUAUCAGCAACAACCGGUACUUCGGGUUACCAUCUCACUAUUUCAUCAAAUUUGUGUACCAAGUUUUCAUUCUCCGUGACAACUCAAACAUUCAAAAGGUUAAUCUUGUCUGUGGCGUAGAAAAGAACUUUUUCACUGAUAUGUCAGCGAUGACUGCUUCUCUUACUACUUGGAUUGUUGCAGCUGUAAGACGUAAUAUUCAAGAACUUUAUCUGGAUGUCUCUGCUGUGGAAAUAUCCAGGUUUCCUCAAUGCCUUUUUAUUUGCACUUCCUUGAUCAAGUUGGAGUUGAAACUGGGUGGUAAUUCAAGUAUUAUCGUUCUACCCACAUCUAUGGAUUUGCCUAGACUUACUUUUAUGAAACUUGAUUCGCUUCCAUCUACUAAUGUUAACUUGACUAAUAAGAUCUUCUUCAAGUGUCCUAUUCUAGAAUCUUUGAUAAUUGAAGGUCAUCUUGGUCAUACGGAUCUUCAGAUUUAUUCAUCAACACUUAAACACUUGACAAUAGUGGAUUUUGUUAGUAAAACCUCGAGUAAAGUCAAGAUAGUUGCUCCGAAUCUCGUAUCCUUCAAGUGCAGGGAUUUUAUACCGAAAUGCUACGUUGUAGAAAACCUUGCUUCUCUAGUUACUGCUGAUAUAUACAUGACAGCUACGAAAGAUGAAGCUGGCAAAAUAAAAGGCUACAAAAAAAAUCUUUGGUUACUCCUGAGUGCUCUUUCUAACGUGAAAGAACUAAGAUUAUCAAAGAUGUUCUUGUGCAUAUCUUCGGUAUGUAUGAUGCCUUCCUUUUAUUUUGGGUGA